AAAAAUAAAAAUUAAACUUCAACUGUUAACAAUUCAACCAACCAACGAACGAUUACUAUACAACCACCACACAUUCAAUCAUCAAAAGGGAUCUCUAGAACAUCUAACUGGAACAUACAUUCACUUCCAUUGAUUGAUUCUUUACUGUACUUGGCUGCGGUUGUUUCGAUCUUAAUUAUAUACCUCCAUCAGUUGAUCUCAAUAUAAACACAGCAAUCCUAACUAAACACGUUUAUAAUCAUUCAUUGAUCCAACCAUCCAUCCCUUAUUCCAAUCAAUCUAUGAACCAAUACUCUCAUAACUAAUCAUACCAAUUAAUAAUCUAAUCCAAAUGGUGGCAUCAAGUCAAGCAUCAACCAAUAAUGCUGCCAAUGGUCUCCCCACAAAUUCAACUACAACGUCUAAUACAAAUACAAAUCAACUUGAACAUCAAUUAAGUCCUCAUUCAAGUUUAGGUGAUUAUGAUUUCUCUGAAAAUAUCCUAAAUGAUGAUGAAAAUGAUGAUGCUAACUUGACAGGAUCAGGUAAUGGUGGUUUGGGAAUAGAUGUUAAAGCUCAAUUCACCACUGAUUUAAAUACUGAUGAAAAUAUCUUGACUGCUAAACCUCAAACUUCACCUUUAUUAUCAUCAACUCCACCAACUGUGGCAAAAUCUUUAAUUCGAGCAUAUCCUUACCUUUUAAUCAUUAAUAAAUUAUUAUCAGUGGCAACUUGGACAAAUGAUGAUUAUUGGAUUAAUAUAAUCAUUCUUAGUACUUUUUCAUUAUUUAUUUUAUAUUUUGAAAAUUUAAUUAUUUGGUUAGGUCAUAUUAUAAUUGUUGGAAUUAUUACAUUAUACACUAUCUUAAAUAAUAAAAUAUUAGAAGAAACAAAACAACAUCCUACUUUAGAUGAUGUGGUUCAAGCUUUAACUGCUACUUGUAUUAAAGCUGAUAUGUUAUUAAAUCCAAUCACUUCAUUAGCAUUCACAUCUUAUGAUAUUAAACGAUUAUUAUUCACUACUAUCUUUUUAACUCCAUUAUAUCUUAUCCUUACAUUUUUAAUUAUAAAACCAAGAUUUAUCUUAUUAAUUACAGGAAUAUUCAUCUUAACUUAUCAUUCAUCAUAUUCAAGAAUCAUUAGAAGGAUCGUUUGGAAAGUUAAAUUUGUUCGUUUAUUAGUGUUUUAUUUAACUGGGUUAGAUUUCCUGCAAGCUAAAAAUCAUUCAUUAUUUGCUGCUGCAUUUGCAAAAGUUCAAAAAAAUACAGGUUUAUCAUCAUCAUUAUCAUCCACCACUUUAAGUUCAGGGGGUGGUGCAGCCGGUACUAAUAAUUCAAAUAAACCCGUUAGAUUCACUUAUGUCAUUUAUGAAAAUCAAAGAAGAUGGUUAGGAAUUGGUUGGACUUCAAAUCUUUUAUCUUAUGAACGAGCUCCAUGGACUGAUGAAUUUUUAAAUGAAAGUUCAGCCAUUGAUGCAUUCAAAUUACCUAAUGCCAAUGAUGCUCAAUCAAUCACUGAUGAUGGAGAAAAUGAUAAUAAUAAUUUCAGUAGAUUAAAUGGUGCAACAUGGAGAUGGGUUGAUAAAACUUGGAGAUUAGAUUUAACUAAUGAUGGAGCUAUUACUUUACAAAAUAAUAAACGUCCAAAAACAAGUGCAAAUCCAACUAGUGAUGAAGGAUUUAUUUAUUAUGAUAAUACUUGGAAAAAACCAUCAACAGAAGAUACAUUUUCAAAAUAUACUAGAAGAAGAAGAUGGAUUAGAACUGCUGAAUUAAUCUUUGAUAAUGGUAAUGAAUCAGUCACAAGUGGAGCCAAAGUUCAACCUGUAAAUGAAGAUGCUACAUUAUUUAAAAAGAAAAGUUUAAGAUUUUCAGAAGUUAUAACUGAACAUAGUGGAGAUGGAGAAGUUAAUAAAGUGAAGAGUGGUCAUGGUGAUGAAAAGCCUGUAUUGGAAGCGAUUUUAUCGGGUGAUGAAGAUGAUAAUGAAGAAGAACAUGAGGAAGAAGAGGAUGAAAGACAUGACGAUAUAACAGAAGUAAAAAGUAAAUCGAUAGUAUCAGAAUCAAUAGAUACGACCAUAACUUCUUCAACUAAUUAAAGAAAAAAAAGGGUUAACGAUGUCUCCCCCUCCCCACAUAAUAAUUCAUUAUAUAGAAUGCCAGUAUAAUUCAUCAUUCGGCGAGCCGAAGUAGAAGUAUAUGUUAUUUAUUAAUA